AAAUUCUUUAGUUUUCUAUCUUUCUUUUUCUUACUAAAAAAAAAUUACUUACAUUAACAAUGUCAUUUGAUUCACUUCACACUGGAGAUAAGGCAUUAUUCGUUGCACCUGCAACUGUUGACCAAAACACAUUUGUUCAAGUCAAGGACUCUGCUCAAACCAAAGUAGGAGAAACUGGACAAGUUUCAUUUGAGGUGAUGGAUCGUGUUGCAGAAGCUCCCUUGAACAAGUCAAGCUACAAUGUGAUUUACUCCAACUUGUUUACGCCUUCUGUCUCGAUUCACACACCCGACAUGUUAUCUCGUUACUUGACGACCUUGACGUCAGGCGGCCAACUUGUGUUGCAAGAAGUUGUGUUACUUGUGGAUUUGGCAAACACGAUCUGUCCCAUCACACGUCAAUCAGGCGAUUUAGAGUCCAUGUUGAAAUUGGCAGGUUUUGUAGACGUGACAGUCAAGUCGGUCACACCUGUCUCUGAUAAAGAUCUGGCUGCCUUCUUUCAUUUGUGGGGUACCACCAAGAUUGAGCAAGGAGUGAGUCGACUCAGUGGUAAAUUUGGCAUUACACACAUCGAAGCCAAGAAACCUGCAUACGAAGUAGGACAAAAGAUGAAGUUAAAUUUCAAAAAGAAGCCUACUGGCACCGUCAAGAAAGCAGUGGUGUGGGCUAGUGUGAAUAGUGAUGAUAUUGAGGAUGAAGACCUUUUAUUAGAUGAAUCGGAUCGAGUAAAGCCUAGUAAAGAAUCUUUGAGUCGACCUGAUGAUUGCGAAUUGACUGAUGGAAAGAGAAAGGCUUGUAAGAAUUGUACAUGUGGUAGAGCAGAAGAAGAAGCAAAUGGCGUGGUUUCAUUGGAUAUGAUGGAUGAUAUGCAAGAGGAUGAAAUUGUCGAAGUGGAUCCUACACCAAAGAAGAAGGGUUGUGGUAGUUGUACUUUGGGUGAUGCCUUUAGAUGCUCCACCUGUCCUUACUUAGGUAUGCCUGCUUUCUCGGCAGGUGAAAAUGUUGCUUUGGGUGGCAUGUUUGCUCAAGAUGAUAUCGAAUUCUAAAUAACCUUACUCUCAUAAACCUCAUACCUUUUUUUUUCUUAUAUAUAUAAUUGUAUAAUAACCCUCUUUCACACACACACACACACACUUUUUUUUUAUA